GGACAUCUCAUCACGACUCUUGGUAGCAGGCACUUCUCCGUAGUGGGCACUCCACUCAUCGUGUCGUCGUACGGGUUCUCCGCGAGAGGCUGUGGGGCCUGUGCCCGGGCGGGCGAGCGAGCAAGCGAGCGAGCGAGCGAGUGAACGAGCGAGCGCGAGCGCGAGCGGGCGAGCGCUGGUCGAGUGGGUCUAAGCGGCCGUGAGGACCUCUCCAGGAGUACCCGACAGAAGUCCUCUCCAUUCAUUCAUCCAUCCAUCCAGCCAGCAAGGCAGGCAGCCACCCAACCAGCCAGCCAGCAAGCAAGCCAGCCAGCCAAGCCAGCCAGCCGAACCAGCCUGCCAGCCAGCCAGCCAGCCAGCCAGCCAGCCAGCUAGCCAGCCAGCCAGCCAGCCAUCCAUCCAUCCAUCCAUCUAUCCAUCCAUCCAUAGAGAGCGGCUCCUCUCCUACAGAGAGAGAGUGUAUCCUCGACGAAGGUGGAGGCGAAGCGUAGAGUGGUACAUUUACCAUCGUCUCUCUAUCGACGGAAUCCAAGGACUCGAAGACCCCCGAGUGAUUUCAGUCGGCCGCCGGCCGGCUUUGGCCGGCCACUGUCCUCGACCACGUGUGUAAGGUCGCCGUUGUGGGUGCCGCGCGACGACCCUCUGCGACCUUGUUCCCCUCGCGCUUCGUCCGUACGUACGGAUUCGGGAUACGUGGUGUGAAACGCGUUCUCUUAUCGCCCGCCGGUUGACUCCCCGCUUCGAUUCUUCCGUUCGAUCACGUGUCGGAUUCUUCGUCUUUGCCAAGCCGUUGUCCUGGAGAGCACCAAGGAGACGAGGACGGACGCACGAAGAUGGAUACAAGGCACUGUGCCGUCGGCGAUCUGAUUGUGAAACGCGAGUGUAGUGACAGAUAAAGCAGCCUCGAGCUCGACAACUACCGAGUACAAACGUUCAUGUCCGCGGAGUCUCACGACUCAGUGACUUCCCGUGGGACACUCGUGCCAGUGCGUCGGAGGAACUCGCGGGUUGCGAACUAUGUGCGCGUCACAGCGUCAUCGAGAUCGCGGCAUGAGAACAGGGGACGAUUACUGGCUCGAGGCGGAUGAUCGCGAGCUUCGCGUCGAUUAUGCGAGCGAGCGGCUCUGGUGUUCGUGAAAACGGAAUCCGUAUCGACUCGCGUUCCACGUUCGCCGAUUGCGAUUCGAGUGAUACUGCGAGUGCAUAGUGACAGUCUCGUGCAGCGAUCUCGGGUGAGCGUGAGUGGACCUUUGAGAUUCCGUGGAGACGAUUGGACCUGGUGUGUACGAGUUAACCAACCGAGCGCGAGAAAGGAGAGUGUACCGAGACUCGCCAACCCAAGGAUCGCGCCCGGAGCACAUUAACGACGCGAUUUUAACGACGCGGUGAGAACCGCGGCGAGUGUACGGUCGUAGCAGAAGAGGAGCACUAGCGUCGGAAUGUUGUCACGCCGUUGUUACGGCUAGCGCCGGCCUCAUCAUUCCGCGAAGCGCGAGCUUCAAGUACUUCGACGGCGUCGGGCUCGCCGAGAUGAGCGGUGGCAGCGGCGGCGGCGGCGGCGGCGGUGGCGCAAACGGCGGCGGCAAUCAGGGCAACGGCGGCAAUGCUACCAGCUACCACCAGCACCAGCAGCAACAGCAGCAACAACAACAGCAACAGCAGUCGCAGCUGGAGCAGGCCGGCCUGCUGUCGGACCUCAAUGGCAUCGACCUGGCGAUGAGCCUGUCGCCGAAGCAACACUCGUCUCACGUCCAAGCCGCCGGCGCUCACACGACCCCCUUCAGUGUCACCGACAUCCUGUCGCCGAUCGAGGAAUCCUACAGGAAGCUCGAACUCGCCGCCGCAGCCGCCGCCGUCGGUGUCGGCGUUGUCACGCAUCCCCAGGGCUCGCCUUACGGGAACGCUUGCGGCGCUCGGGUAGGUGGUAACACCGGUAGCUCGAGCGCGAGCAGCGGCAGCCCGCCGCUGCACGGCGGCUCGACGCCCGGCGGCAGCACCCCCGGACCGGUUUCCUUGGCCAACGGGGCCGCCCCCGUUGGCGGCGGCGGCGGUGGCGGCAGUGCCGGCGGUACCAGCGGCGGCAUGAGCGCCAUGGGCAAUCCUUACGCCACCAUGCAGCUCACGUCGCAGUACCAAUACUGCGCCGCGGAACUCUCGCCGUACCAUCACGCCGGGCCCGGCGUCGGCGCCACGGCCACCGCCACGGACCCGAUGCGGUCCCACGCGGUAUCGUCGCACCAUCAUCCCUGGUACGCACCGGCGCCACCGGCCACCAACGACCCGCGCUUCGCCAGUUUUGCAGUCUCGCGGCUGAUGGGUGCGGCGGCGGGCGCCGGGACCAACAUGGCCGGUUGUUCGGUGGGCCAGUCGAUGGGCGACGUGACCAAGUCGUCGGGAAUGGGGGUCGGCGUCGGCGUCGGGGUCGGGGUCGGCAUGGGCGUCGGUGCGAUGCAGUUCCCCCUCGCCCAGAGACGGAAGAGACGCGUGCUGUUCACCCAGGCCCAAGUAUACGAGCUCGAAAGGCGAUUCAAGCAACAGAAGUACCUCAGCGCGCCCGAACGAGAACACCUAGCGUCCCUAAUUCACUUAACGCCUACUCAGGUGAAGAUAUGGUUCCAGAAUCACCGGUACAAGUGCAAGAGGCAAGCGAAGGAGAAGGCGAUGGCCGAGCAAAACGCCCAAAAUCAGAGCGCGAGUUCGCCGCGGCGGGUGGCGGUGCCGGUGCUGGUGAAGGACGGGAAACCGUGUGGCAGCGGCGGCGGCGGCGGCGGAAACGAGGGUAGCCGCGGCGGGCCCAGCGCGGCCUUGGCGAGCCCGGCGCCGCACAUGACGGCGGCCUCGAGUCCCCACGGCAGCCAUCACGCGGCCACCUCCUCCGUCGUGUCCCAUCACUCGGUCGUGGGCGUCAGCCAUGUGAUGAGCUCGAGCCAGAGCCUGCAGCACUGCUCGUACACGCGGGCCGGCGCACAGCAGGGUAUGCAGCAGCAGCAGCAGCCGCAGUGCAGCGCGUACCUGCCGUUGCAGGGUCGAGCUUGGUAGUGCGCGCCAUCCGCGGCGGGGGCCGCGGCCUACGCCAAUCCCUCCGUCGCAGGCCCAUGGGCCCUCGCCGCGGAUCCAGCUGCCUGGUACGCCAUUCCCGACGACAGUCCUUAGGAGGGACCACAGAGAGAAAGAGAGGAAG